AGUGAAUGAACGCUCUGCAGAUUGGGUGGACUCCAUUUCACUGAGAGACCCAAUAAAAAAAUAUAGAACACAUUUACAGCUAAAGCUAAGAGAGAAGUGUUCAGGAAGAUAGUCGUUGCCAGAUAAGUUAUAAGAAGAAAUUCAAAAUUCUAUACCAAAGACAUUUCAGAGGGUGGACUGUCUGUGGACGUGGUGACUGGGAGUGUGGAAAAGGAUUUUUUUCCGUCUGGAAUCAAGACAUAACAAUAGAGAUGGCGCAAACAAAAAUACAUCGCAAGAAAAGGCAAGUGGCGAUCUUCAUUAUAUUGGUGCUUUUGUGGGAGGCAGGUUCAGAAUUGAUUCAGUAUUCUGUACUGGAGGAGACAGUAAGUGGCACGUUUGUGGCCAACCUGACAAAGGACCUGGGACUCAGGAUGGGAGAGCUGGUUGCGCGGAGAGCCCGUAUUGUUUUCCAGGGGAAUAGACAGCAUUUGCAGUUUGACCCACACACCUACGAUUUGCUUCUAAAUGAGAAACUGGACCGGGAGGAGGUGUGCGGUGCCACUGAGCCCUGUGUACUACCUUUCCGAGUGUUACUGGAAAAUCCCUUGCAGUUUUUUCAGGCUGCCUUGCUAGUCAGAGAUAUAAAUGAUCACGCCCCGGAGUUCCAGGCCAGAGAAAUGCUAUUGAAAAUAUCGGAAAUUACUACACCAGGAAAGAUAUUUCCUUUGAAAAUGGCACAGGAUUUAGACGCUGGUAACAACAGCCUUCAGAGCUACAUCAUCAGCUCAAAUCCCCAUUUCCACGUUGUCACUCGCAGUCGCAGCGAUGGCAGGAAGUUCCCAGAGCUGGUGCUGGACAAAGCCUUGGACCGGGAGGAGCAGCCGGAGCUCAGGCUCACCCUCACAGCGCUGGACGGCGGGUCUCCGCCCAGGUCCGGGACCACAGAGAUUCAGAUUCUCGUUUUAGACAUCAACGACAACGCCCCUGAGUUUGCUCAGGAGCUCUAUGAAGCGCAAGUCCCGGAAAACAACGCCCUGGGCUCUCUGGUUAUCACCGUCUCAGCUAGAGAUUUAGAUGCAGGAUCCUUUGGGGAGGUGUCUUAUGCCCUAUUUCAAGAUGACUACGUCAACCAACCCUUUGAAAUGAAUGCAAUUACAGGAGAAAUUCGACUGAGAAAGAUGUUGGAUUUUGAGGAAUUUCAAUCUUACCACGUGGAUGUUGAGGCUACAGAUGGUGGGGGACUAUCAGGAAAAUGCUCUUUAGUUCUCAAGGUUCUGGACGUGAAUGACAACGCUCCUGAACUGACUAUGUCCUCACUCAACAGCCCCAUCCCUGAAAACCUGCCAGAGAUCAUGGUGGCAGUUUUCAGUGUAUCAGAUGCUGAUUCCGGACAUAACCAACAAGUUAUUUGUUCUAUAGAUGAAAAUCUCCCCUUUCUUCUAAGACCAUCAGUCGAGAAUUUCUACACCCUGGUAACAGAAGGACCCCUGGACAGAGAGAGCCAAGCCGAGUUCAACAUCACCAUCACCGUCACCGACCUGGGGACACCCAGGCUGAAGAGCGAGCACAGCAUCUCCGUGCAGGUGGCCGACGUCAACGACAACGCCCCGGCCUUCGGCCAAAGCGCCUACACCCUGUGGGUCCGCGAGAACAACGGCCCCGCCCUGCACAUCGGCAGCGUGAGCGCCACCGACCCGGACUCGGGCGCCAACGCGCAGGUCACCUACUCGCUGCUGCCGCCCGGCGACGCGCGCCUGCCGCUGGCCUCGCUGGUGUCCAUCAGCGCGGACACCGGGCAGCUGUUCGCGCUGAGGCCCCUGGAUUUCGAGGCGCUGCGCGCCUUCGAGUUCGGCGUGGGCGCGGCCGACGGCGGCUCGCCGGCGCUGAGCAGCCGGGCGCUGGUGCGCGUGCAGGUGCUGGACGCCAACGACAACGCGCCCGUCGUGCUGUACCCGCCGCAGAACGGCUCUGCGCCCUGCACCGAGCUGGUGCCGCGCGCGGCCGACGCGGGCUACCUGGUGACCAAGGUGGUGGCGGUGGACGGCGACUCGGGCCAGAACGCCUGGCUGUCGUACCAGCUGCUCAGGGCCACGGAGCCCGGGCUGUUCGGCGUGUGGGCGGCCAGCGGCGAGGUGCGCACGGCCCGGCAGCUGAGCGAGCGCGACGCGCCCAGGCACAGGCUGGCGGUGCUGGUGCGCGACCACGGCGAGCCGCCGCUGUCGGCCACCGUCACGCUGCACGUGCUGCUGGUGGACGGCUUCUCGCAGCCCCACCUGCCGCGGGCCGAGGCGGCGGCCGAGCAGGCGCGGGCCGAGCCGCUCACCGUGUCCUUGGUGGUGGCCCUGGCGGCGGUGUCGUCGCUCUUCCUGCUGUCGGUGCUGGGCGUCGUGGCGGCGCGGCUGUGCGCGAGGGCCCGGGCGGCGUCUGCGGGGGGCUGCUCGGGGCCCGGGGGCGGCCUUGCGGGCCACCUGGUGGACGUGAGCGGCGGCGGGACGCUGUGCCAGGCCUACCGCUAUGAGGUGUGCCUGUCGGGAGGCUCGGGGACCGGCGAGUUCAAGUUCCUCAAACCAAUUCUCCCCAGCUUCCCUCCUCAGGACACUGGGAGAGAAAUGGAGGAAAACCUCAGUGUUCGGAAUAGUUUCCCAUUCAGUUAAGUAUUGGAUUAUUCUAUUAAGCUCUACUUCAUAUGUUUGGAAAUCUCUUUUAAUUUGAAGUUGCAUGUUAUUGAUGCAUGUUAUUUAUGAUCUGUUUCUUGAAUAUUUUUUUAUCAUUCCUUAGAAUGACAUUUUCAAAAUCAUAUACUGGGAAUAUGUAUUUUCUCCAUGUUGCACUCAGUAGUUUUUUAUUACUCUCAAAUAUUUGGCAAUAUGAAUACAAUUUUUUAUUUUAUUUGCAUAAUUAAGAGUUCUUGAAAUUCAAUCUAUCCUUUUUACAAAAAUGAUAUUCCAAAGCACUUAAGUAAGUUGUAUUUCUAACUAUUAGUGACAAUUGUCACUAUUGCUAUGUAGGGAAAAUUUUUUAAAUCUGGGUUGGUAUUAUUUAAUUACCAAUGUAAGUCUCAUUUUGGGGUAACUCCUACAGUGUGAAAAAUGAAACACUAAAGAUGGAUAAAUGCUAAGAUAGCUAUUCAUAUUUAUGUCUAUUUCAGUAUACCAUAAUCAUCAAUACAUAUUUUCUAUGAAUAUACAUACAAAAAGGUUGAUACAUUAAGUUACAGUUUGUGAGCUUCAUGUAAGAAUAUGAUGGUUUUUAAAAAAUAAUACCAUGCCAAUUAUAAAUACUUAAACAGUUGUUGAAUGUUAUUAACAUUCCAAUAAUGAAUUUAAAUAAUAAUUUUCAAGGAACACAGAAAUGCUAAUAUUCUCUCUACAUUAUUGGUACUUUUGCCAAUAAUGGAACUUCAAUAUCACUCCUUGAUUUUCCUUCUAAACAGAAAACAACCCCACUCACCUUAAACCAUAUUACAGAAUAUGAAGUGCUUGAGAGUACAUUUUAUUUCCCUUUCUUUGUAUAACAAUUUGAAAGAUAUUGCUUAGUGAAGUCCAAAUUAUAUUUUUCAAACUCCUCCUUGUUUUUCAAGUUCUAUAUGUGUGCUACCUGCCAAGAUCUAAGUCUGUUAUUAGUGGCAGCUUAUUAGGUAAAGAUCAGAUUGUCCCUUCUAGUGCUGUGUAAGCAUCAUUUAUCUUUAUUAACCAUAAAGUCAUUUGCUUUUACAGUUUAACCCAUAUUUGAUCUUAUUUGUGUUGGUCACAUUUGUAGCAGUUUAUGAAAAAUGUCUCUUCAAUUUCCCAUCAAGGUCAGGCAAUUUAUACUAAAGUUAUGAGUGAAUAUUUUAUUUUUAUCUUUAAUAAAAUAGAACUGGUCUUAACUAUA